AUGACAUCUUUCACUUCCGCUAAACUUUGCUUCCUCCCUUAUUGCCUUGUCAUCUUCCUGUUUGUUUCAUCACCAAAUUGGGUUGCUUUUUCUUCUGCUACUUCUACUUCUCAUACUGAGGCAGAGUCUCUUCUCAAAUGGAAAGCCAGCUUCUUUCCAAAUCAAGCCCUCAAUAACCUCACCUGGUACGACCUUCCCACUCAUAAUAUUAAUGCCACCAAUUCUUCCAGCACCAAUCCAAAACCAAGAACAAGCCCAUGCACUUGGACUGGUGUUUCAUGCAACGCAGUUGGAAGUGUCAGCAAGCUAAACCUUUCCACUUGUGGUAUUCAAGGUACGCUACAUGAGUUUUCAUUCUUGUCCUUCCCUAAUCUUGAAUAUCUUGACCUCAGCUUGAACAGACUCUUUGAUGCCAUCCCACCUCAAAUUAGUAACCUCUCCAAACUCCACUAUCUUCAUCUCUCCCAGAAUCAGUUCUCUGGGAGAAUUCCACCAGAAAUUGGUCUCUUAAGAAAUCUUAAGUUUCUUCAUCUCUCUUGGAAUAACUUGUUGGGGGAAAUUCCUAAAGAGAUAGGCAACCUGAAAUCUCUUGUAUAUCUAGCAUUGUCCUACAACAAUUUAAGUGGUGUCAUCCCUCCAAAUAUUGGUAACUUAAUAAACCUAAAUAAUUUGUACAUGGGUAAAAAUCAACUUUCUGGUUUGAUUCCCAAGGAGAUAGGGAACUUGAAAUCUCUUGUAGAUCUAGGCUUGUACUACAACAGUUUAAGUGGUCUCAUCCCUCCAAAUAUUGGUAACUUAAUAAACCUAAAAACUUUGUACUUGUAUUCCAAUCAACUUUCUGGUUUGAUUCCCAAGGAGAUAGGGAACUUGAAAUCUCUUGUAGAUCUAGAGUUGUCCUAUAACAAUUUAAGUGGUGUCAUCCCUCCAAAUAUUGGUAACUUAAUAAACCUAAACACUUUGUACUUGCAUCACAAUCAACUUUCUGGUUUGAUUCCCAGGGAGAUAGGGAACUUGAAAUCUCUUGUAGAUCUAGAGUUGUGCUCCAACAAUUUAAGUGGUCUCAUCCCUCCAAAUAUUGGUAACUUAAUAAACCUAAACACUUUGUACUUGUAUUCCAAUCAACUUUCUGGUUUGAUUCCCAAGGAGAUAGGGAACUUGAAAUCUCUUGUAAAUCUAUCGUUGUCCUACAACAAUUUAAGUGAUGUCAUCCCUCCAAAUAUUGGUAACUUAAUUAACCUAAACAAUUUGUACUUGAAUGACAAUCAACUUUCUGGUUUGAUUCCCAAGGAGAUAGGAAACUUGAAAUCUCUUGUAAAUCUAGACUUGUCCAACAACAGUUUAAGUGGUCUCAUCCCUCCAAAUAUUGGUAACUUAAUAAAGCUAAACACUUUGUACUUGUCCAACAACAAUUUAAGUGGUCUCAUCCCUCCAAAUAUUGGUAACUUAAUAAACCUAAACACUUUGUACUUGUAUUCCAAUCAAAUUUCUGGUUUGAUUCCCAAGGAGAUAGGGAACUUGAAAUCUCUUGUAGAUCUAGAGUUGAGCUCUAAUCAACUUAACGGUUCAAUUCCAGCCUCAUUUUCUAACUUGAGCAACUUGGAGAUCUUAUUCCUACGUGAUAACCAACUUUCCGGCUCCAUUCCCCAAGAGUUAGAGAAUCUCAAGAAUUUGAUUCUCCUGGUGUUGGAUACAAACCAAUUGUCUGGUUAUUUGCCUCGAAAUAUCUGCCAAGGUGGAAAACUCACAAACUUGUCAGUACACACAAACUAUUUUACUGGUCCAAUCCCCAAAAGCUUGAAAAAUUGCAAGGGCUUAUUCAGAGUUCGUCUUGACCAAAACCAAUUGACAAGCAAUAUAUCUGAAGACUUUGGUGUUUAUCCGAAUCUUGAUUUUAUGGAUAUGAGCCACAACAACUUGUAUGGAGAAAUCUCUCACAACUGGGGACAAUGCCCAAAUUUGGAAACCCUGCGAAUGGCAGGAAACAACCUUAUUGGUAGCAUCCCACCUGAGAUAGGCAACGCAACCAAAAUUCAUGUGCUGGACCUUUCUUCAAAUCAUUUAGUUGGGUUGAUCCCAAGAGAAUUCAGGAAGUUGUCUUCGUUGGUGGAGUUGAUGUUGAAUGGAAAUAAACUUUCAGGUUGUAUACCGUCAGAAUUCGGAUCAUUGAAUGAUCUUGAAUAUCUUGACUUGUCAACAAACAAAUUCAAUGAGUCAAUUCCAAGCAUUCUAGGUGACUUGCUCAAAUUGCACUACUUGAAUUUGAGCAACAACAAGUUGGCUCAAGCAAUUCCAUUUAAGUUAGGGAAGUUAGGUCAAUUGAAUUACAUGGAUUUAAGUCAUAACUCUCUUGAAGGUAAGAUACCAUCAGAAAUGGGCAGUAUGCAGAGUUUGGUGACACUUGAUCUUUCCCACAACAAUCUUUCGGGUUCCAUACCAUCAAGUUUUGAAGAGAUGCGCGGCUUGUCGUACGUUGACAUAUCCUACAAUCACUUGGAAGGUCCCCUUCCCAACAUCAGUGCAUUUCGAGAAGCUCCACCAGAAAGAUUGAAAGGGAACAAAGGAUUUGCAAAGAAAGAAGAAGCAUCAAGAUACUAA